CUGUUUGGCGGCUUCUGUUGCAGGGCCUGCAGGGCUCCUGCUGGGCAGGGACACGCGUGGGCAGCAACACACAGCAGUGGGACAGGGACAGCACUGCGCGGAGCUUUGGCGUCGCCCAUCCCCGUGGGACCCGAGGAUGCUCCCAUUGCUGCGCCGGGCCUGGCUGUGCCUCGGAGCUCUGCUGGUUGCCCCCCAUGAGGGGACCCCGCAGCUGCUGAUGGACAUGAGCCGCGACGCCUUCGACGAUCAGUACGAGGGCUGCGCGGCGGCGAUGGAGGCAGCGGGGCCGGCGCUGCUGGAGCGGGAGCGGGCGCGGGGUGAGUCCCGUCUGUUCCGCAGGGUGUGGGGCCGGGCUGGGGAGCGCUGGCAGCGGGUGAAGGGCGCGCUGGUCCCCCGCCUGCCCCCCGGCUUCAAGGACGAGUACGGCCAAGCGGUGAUCGCGUACACCGACGACGACCUGCACCGCGUCUUCAACGCGGCCGUGCGGACGGCCGGGCGCUCGUGGGCCGCCUACAACGCCAGCUUCCCCUUCAAGGCGCUGCACUUCUACCUGACCAGAGCCCUGCAGCUGCUGCGGGGCCCCUGCGAGGCCGCCUACGGCACCGCCGUGUACCGGGGCAUGGCGCGCGCCCGCUACCAGCUGCGGGGUGCCAGCCCCUUCAGGUUCGGCUCCUUCGCCUCCUGCUCCUUCAGCAGGGAGCGGGCCGAGAGCUUCGGGCAGGACACGUUCCUCAGCAUCCGCAGCUGCUUCGGGGUCCCCAUCCACGCCUUCUCCCUCUACACGGAGGAGGAGGAGGUGCUGAUCCCCGGCCAUGAGAUCUUCUGGGUCUUCCCGGACAGCGGGACUCACCGCUUCGUGCUGCGGAGCUCCAACAGGACCUGCAGCCACUUCAACUGCGCCUUCCUGGGCCAUGAGAAGAGCCCCGAGUGCAGGGGCAGCACAGCCAUUCCCGGGCACAGAGACGAGCUGUGAGGGGCACAGCCCAGCGGCACUGAGCCCUCACCUCUGCAGCACCGCAGCCCGGAGCUGCACGUGCACCAGGGAUGCAUCAGGACAGCCUGCACCGGGGCAGAGCCGCUCAGUGUGCUGCACCACGCCGCACUGCGCUGUGUCACAGCCUGGGGACAGCAGCAGCGUUCCCUUGUUGGUGGGGGACACUGCGGCUGUGCCCGUGGAAGAUGUCGUGGUGUGGCUCCUGCUGCUCUCCCCAGUGCUGCCCAAACCUGCGGGACUGCUGUGCUGCCGCCGGGGCAGCUCUGCCGCUGCUCACCCUGCAGUGUGCCCAGCAGCACCCGGCCCUCAGGACAAGGUCUGCUUUCCCCACUCCCUCAUUAUUCCACGCUGGGUCCCGUUCCCAUUUUCGGCACUUCUGCAGCUCGUGGGCUCAGCCCCCGAACCUCUGCGGGGGGCUCUGCAGCUCGUGAGCUGCUGCCACGGGGUGCCCAACCUCGGGCAGGGUGUGCAGGAAGCUGCACACAGGCGCUGCAGGAGGCUGCCUUCUGCAUAAUGCAUUAAAACCACAAUCGCUCCUCUCAAAAA